AUGGAUCCAGAAGAGAUUAGAAGAAAAAGAAGGGAAAAAGUACUCGCAAGGGCUGGAGCUACUGUAGAAAGAACUCCUGAGCCAGAUGCCACGCCAAAAGAAGAGCAAACCACAAAAGAAAAGUUCAUUGAGAUGAAGAAAAAAGAUAGCAGGAAUGUAAUGAUCAUUUAGAAAAUGAAAAUAAAGAUCAAGAACCUUAUCACAUGCAUUUUAGCCGUUAUAUUUGGAAUUUCUCUUGCCUUUGGAUAUGAAGUUAGAGCAAUGAGUUAUUUUCUGCUGCUUAUUAUAGGCUUCAAGUUUAUUGAUUUCGUCUCUACAGAUAUCAGCAUAUCUAAUAGAUCAGUUCAUAUUGUUGAAAAAUGUGCAAAUGUAUAUCAAGUGAUAGAUGAUAUUUUUAAAAGUAUCGCUCUUUUUGUGUUCACAUUAACAAUGACUUUAACAUUAAGCCUAUCAAUUGUGCAGAAAAUAAAAUAA